CUCAUAUGCUAACCCACACUGGAGAAAAGCCCUUUGAAUGUACAGUGUGCCACAAGACGUUUUCACGAAAUGGAGACAUGCGCUCUCAUAUGCUAACCCACACUGGAGAAAAGCCUUUUGAGUGUACAUUGUGUCACAAGACAUUUUCAGUAAGUGGAACCCUGCGGACACAUCUGCGAACCCACACUGGGGAAAAGCCUUUUGAGUGUACAGUGUGCCACAAGACGUUUUCAAUAAGCGCAAAUCUUCGCAGACAUCUGCUUACCCACACUGGAGAAAAGCCUUUUGAGUGUACUGUGUGCUACAAGACGUUUUCACAAAGUGGAAACCUGCGCUCACAUGUGCGAACACACACUGGGGAAAAGCCCUUUGAGUGUACAGUGUGUCACAAGACAUUUUCAGAAAGUGGAACCGUGCGCAAACAUCUGCGAACCCACACUGGAGAAAAGCCUUUUGAGUGUACAGUGUGCUACAAGACGUUUUCACGAAAUGGAGAUCUGCGGAGACAUAUGCGAACCCACACUGGAGAAAAGCCCUUUGAGUGUGCUGUGCGAUUACAUCGAUACACCAUCGGACCUGUUUCCGUGUUGCUAAUGCAGUAA